UUUCAAUCAAUUCACCUUGCAGAAGGAACUCCCAGCACCUCUAAGAAGGAAAUUACCAUUGAAAUGUUGCCACAUGGGACCAAUAAUUGACGUGAAAGCAUCUGAUUCUUCUGGGUAAUCGUGGGUUUGGCAUAAGUACACCUCGAUAAAGCUCUGAAGCAGAAGCAAAAGCAAGAGCAAAAGAAAAAGCUUUCUGGGCAUCUUCCAAAAUUUUCAAAAUAGUCUUUUAUGCCCCAAAUCCUUCCUUUCUUAUUCGCCCAUAGAUUCUUUGCUUUCCAUCUAUCCGUUUUCCGACCGCUCUUCGCAGAACAAACGAAGCCAUAAUACCUAUCAAGAAAGAGGAAGAUAGAGAAAGAAAAUGUGCUACGCGUAUACAAAUGUGUCAUCGGGUGGCCAAGAGGGGUUGGUGUUGGGGCGGCGAUGGCUGCUUUUGCAAACACCACCACCACCGAUGGUCAUCACCACCGUGCGUCAUGCGCCAAGAAUGGGUGGGGCUAGGGAGACUGGUGGAGGUGGCUCGAUUAAGCAGUGCGUGUGCUCGCCGUCGAGGCAUCCAGGGUCGUUCAAGUGCAGGCACCACCAUGCUAAGUAUGUCUGGGGCGGCAGACUAGUUGAUAAGAAAUGAGUUUGGGGAUUCGGUUCGAAGUCUUAAUAUGAUGGUUGUAAAUGUUAUUUUAGUUUGCUGAUAUACAGACUGUCUAGUCCUUAACGCCUUUUAUCCUUUUCUAUUUCUAUUUCUCUUCAAACUCCUGCAUGAAAUAUUAUAAAGGGAAAAUUAAAUAAUUUCCCAAUAUUCUCCAUCUUUAGCAACAAGAUCACUGGUAGUCUCAUGACUUGAAUGAAUUGAAUUAACACCC